GGAUCUUGAACGUGAACACUGAUGGAGGUUGUUCCCUGGAAUCCAUUCGCAUGAUGAUAAAAUAUUGACAGUUCUGUCAUUUUUAACAUUAGAAAUCGUUUUUAAAAUUAAAAGUCAAGUCUAAAAUUGUGAAUUGAUUUCAUUUCAGUUUCACUGAGAGACACACCAGGACCAGAGCUACUGUUUGCUUCAUUUCAUUGAAAUAGAAAAGAAAAAAAAAACAUUACUGAGAAAAAAUUGUAAGAAGGACGUCUUGAUUAAAUCGUCAGACUCUUUAAGACUAAGUCGGGUCACAGAUUCAAAGUCAAACAACUACAACCUGCCUUUGAACGUUUUCGGCUGUUUCAGGGAAAUGCCUUGCUUUCAGACUUGUAUUUGUAAUAAAUCAGCUUGACACGUCAAUCGAUACCCAUAAAAUAUCUUCCUCUCGGCUCGUAUCAGGUCUCCGUGAUGCCGUGCGUCUGUCCCUCAUCCUGUCUCUGGCGUGUUUUCUUUUUCCGUCUGAUGCUUUUCCUGCCACGUUGUCUGUGCUGCAAUGCCGGGCGCGUUCCAAUGCGAAGCAUCUCUGCCGUCGGUGGGCUUUGCUUCCUGUUGCCAUGGCUACAGCAGCAUGCUCCGGAGUAGCCGUCGUCAGAACAUGUCAGUUAUGGAAUCCCUUACAGGAGAGAUUUCCCCAAAGACCACCACAGUAUUUAAGCUCACUAACGGUCCCCUGUCGGGCUCGAGGAAGCGGCCGUCGGAGGGCAAUUACGAGAAGGAGAAGGACGUGUGCAUCCAGCUGUUUGACCAGUGGUCCGAGGCCGACCAGGUGGAGUUUGUGGAGCAUCUGAUAUCACGCAUGUGUCACUAUCAGCACGGCCACAUCAACUCGUACCUCAAACCCAUGCUCCAGAGGGACUUCAUCACAGCGCUGCCAGCUCAGGGUCUGGACCACAUAGCGGAGAACAUCCUGUCGUUCCUGGACGCACGCUCGCUGUGUUCGGCCGAGCUGGUGUGUAAGGAGUGGCAGCGCGUCAUUUCAGAGGGGAUGCUGUGGAAGAAGCUGAUCGAGCGCAUGGUGCGAACCGACCCGCUGUGGAAAGGAUUGUCUGAGAGACACCAGUGGGAGAAGUACUUAUUCAAGAACCGCACUACAGAAGUCCCGCCCAACUCCUACUACCGCUCUCUUUACCCCAAAAUCAUUCAGGACAUCGAGACGAUUGAGGCAAACUGGCGCUGUGGACGGCACAACCUUCAGCGGAUCCAGUGCAGAUCUGAGAACAGUAAAGGAGUCUACUGCCUCCAGUACGACGACGACAAGAUCAUCAGCGGCCUCCGAGACAACUCCAUCAAGAUUUGGGAUAAACAGUCUUUGGAAUGUUUGAAGAUUUUGACGGGACACACAGGGUCAGUUCUGUGUCUGCAGUACGACGAGCGGGUCAUCGUUACCGGCUCCUCGGACUCCACCGUCAGGGUGUGGGACGUGAACUCGGGCGAGGUGCUGAACACUCUGAUCCACCACAACGAGGCCGUGCUGCACCUGCGCUUCUGUAACGGCCUGAUGGUGACCUGCUCCAAAGACCGCUCCAUCGCCGUGUGGGACAUGGCCUCGCCGACUGACAUCAGCCUGCGCCGUGUGCUCGUAGGUCACAGGGCCGCCGUCAACGUGGUGGACUUUGAUGACAAGUACAUAGUUUCUGCCUCCGGGGACCGCACUAUCAAGGUUUGGAGCACGAGUACAUGUGAGUUCGUACGCACUCUGAACGGCCACAAGCGUGGAAUCGCCUGCCUUCAGUACAGAGACCGGCUAGUGGUUAGCGGCUCCUCAGACAACACCAUCAGGCUAUGGGAUAUUGAGUGUGGAGCCUGUUUGCGGGUUUUGGAAGGGCACGAGGAGCUGGUGCGCUGCAUUCGCUUCGACAACAAGAGGAUCGUCAGUGGAGCUUACGACGGAAAAAUUAAAGUUUGGGACCUGCAGGCUGCCCUGGAUCCACGAGCUCCAGCCAGCACACUGUGUCUGAGAACACUGGUGGAGCACUCAGGCCGCGUGUUCCGGCUGCAAUUUGAUGAGUUCCAGAUCAUCAGCAGUUCCCAUGACGACACCAUCCUCAUCUGGGAUUUCUUGAACGUGUCGACUAACGGACAAAUGGAAGGACGGUCGCCAUCACGCACGUACACGUACAUAUCCAGAUAGCAGGGCUGCCCUGGAAGCGUGCGGAGUGUGUGAGUGUGUCUGCGCGCGGGGACUGUCCUGAUGACCGAGUCUCUGUGGUUAAGUGUGCCAGGAUCAGAGGUCGAGGAACGCCAUCCCUGUCCUCCCCUCGCCCUCCUCUCUCUCUCUCUUGCUCUUCAUUUUUUUUUCUUUCUUUUUUUAAAAAAGUCUGAACCCGUCUUGAAAACAAACACAUGCGCACACACUCAGUUAUGUGCAAACGCACAUCGAGCUCCCUCUCUGUUGUGUAUCCGGAAGAGAAGACGAAGAGAGGGAUAGAGGGACGCCACUGAGGACAAGCUCGUAGUUCCGCCCCCACAUCCGCCCUGACAACUGCCCUAGCCACGCCUCUGGGCCCAAGGACUAUUUAACUAUUGAUAUUUUUAUUUCUCAUGUGGGUUUUUGUUUGUUUCUUUGUUUCUUUGUGGAGAAAAAAAGAUGAACAGUGGAAGUGACUCUUCCAUGAGGACUGUUUGCAUGAACGAAUGAUGGGACUGUAAAAGACGGUCAAGCCCCGUUUGUGUCUUUUAUUUUUAUUAGUAUAUUAUUAUUAUUAUUAUUAUUUUUUUUUUUUGUAUUUUCUUUUAUUCUUUUCUUUUUUUUUUUCUUUCUAAAUUUGGGAGAUCAGCUUUGUUUUGCUUCCUUUGUGGUGAUGUUCUAAUCCCUGUAGAUUUCUUCUUUUCAGAUUCCUCUCCAGUCCGUCGCUCCGUUCCUUUUCCACGUCCUUUCGCUAGCUCUAGUUUUCUCUCUCUCUCUUCUCUCUCUCUCUUCUCUCUCUCCUCUCUUCUUCUCGUCUCGGUCCCUUUCGCUGUCUGCUCGUCUAGGUUCCGAAUGAUCUGAUCGCAGUUUAGUUGUAAACAGAAAUGUCUUGGUUAUAAUGGUGUUGUAUAUUGAAAAGAUUUUUUAAAGAAAAAAAAAACAUUAUUAUUAAUAAGAAUAAAGUACUUGACUGUGAAGGAGUGUUAACAAA